UGUUCCCUCGUGCCCAUAAGAUAAAAUACUAUACGUCAACAAUUUGAUACAGUUAUACUUUAUAUACACUAUGUAUAUGCAUAUAUAGCGGCAAGAAAAAGUACAUGAGGGUUAGUUCACAUCCGCAGAUCUAAUGUAAGUGAAGGGAUUCCUGUCUACAGUUAGUUUAUGCUGAUGCUAUUAGCUGAGGGUUGCACGUGCUGUUUCCAUCCUGCACUGAAAAAAUUUGUACGAUGUAUUCACUUUUGACAGGAAUAAUGAUUAGUGUGUAAAUGGUUCAAAUAGAUUAUGAUGUGAACACAUUUAAGUACAAAUUUAUACAUUAAUGCAAGUAAUUCCAAAUAAUUAACUUACUUCUCUUCCCACUGUCUGUAUAUUAUAGUGGUAUAUUGUGUUAAAUCAAGUGAGUAAGGGACAGUAAAAAGCAUUGACCACAGUCAAAGUACAUGUUAUAGUACAUUUUUCAUUCUAGGUACUUCUUAUCACCCUGAAGUUUGUUUGUGGUAAUUUUUCUGAUACGUUUUGUAAGUUUGGCCUUACCCCUCACCCAAUGUUGACACACAAAUGCACAAAAGUUCCCAUUUAAUAAUUAAACACCAGCAAGCAAAAUACGAGGAUACAUUUUGCACAUGCAUAUUCGCAUAAAUACACUAAUGCACACACAGCAAAUAGUUUCACUCUCACUCAGGCUCAUUUGCUGCUAAAUAUGCCCCAGACUCCAGAUCUGAACACAGUGGCCCUUCGUCCCUGCCCAGUUUCCUUUCCUUGAAACUGUUCCCCAGUUUCAAGUGUCUUUGGUAGUUUUUCCUCACUCUGGUUGAUGGUUCCAGACGGAGGACACUGCAUCUCGUGCAGAUUGUGAAGCCCUAUGUCGUGAAUGGUGAACUGAAACACACUUCAGAUUGAACUACAACACUCACAGUCAAGGAGCGAUCCACAGAAACCUACUGUGUGUACCGAGCAUCUCUCAACUUCAUGAUGAAGCAUUAAACACAGGUGCACUGUUUAAGUCCAGUACGGUCUCACCUGGCUCUGUCAACAUGUCCUGGACUCGAGUGAUUGUCCUCUCUGCGCUCACCACCCUCCUCAUCCUCACCUUCUCCAGUGAGGUGGAAAACGCUGCAGUACGGGACGACUCUAAACCAGCCGACCACAAAGGCGCAGCACGGCAGGUGUUCAUGCCCGAGUCGGACGCCUCCAACUUCUUCAAACGGCGCGGUCGCCGUUCGGUCCAAUACUAUGAGUUCCAAGCUGAGCAGAGGGUACGCCUUCAAAAGGACGAGCAGAGGAGGGAGUACAACGAGGAGCAGAGGAAUGAGUAUGAGAACUACGUCGAAGAGGAGCGUGAUGAGAUAAAUGAGCGAUCGAGGGAGACGAACGAGCAGCUGAGGGAGUAUCACUACGACGGCUUUUAUCCCCGCUCCCAGUGGUUCCACUGAGAACACCUGCUGGUGUGGAAGCUACAGCGCCUCUCACUGGGGCAGCAGUGGUACUGCCACUGUGACACGUUGAGAGCCAGUGCAAAAAGUUGUACUGUAUUUUUUCUACUUUAAUCUGCAGGAUGAAAUUUUUCUUUUGCUUUAUUUUUUAUACAGCCUAAACAGUUCAAUAUGUGUCUCCAUGUUAAACUGUAAAGUGCAUUUAAAGUGCACUUUUUGAAUUGAAGCUAAAUGUUUUCAUCAAUGUUUUGCAUGCUUGUUUUUAUACCUUUUACACACAUACGUGGUUAUAUACAGUGUCCUUCAGUCAGCCUGAGAGUGACGUCAUUACUUUAAGUGUAAAUGACAAAUAAAGGGGAAUUUCCUCAUUA